CUAGUUGACUCUACCUUAAAUUUAUUUGUAUUGUAAAAUUUCUGCCACAUUGCCACACCCAACAAUGAAGACGUUCGUAUUAUUUGUAUUUUUUCAAAUCAUAAUAUGUUUGGCGUAUUGUUAUGAUUCUACUGAGUAUUCGACUGGAAAUAAUGAAUGUAACGAUCCUAAUGCGGAAUUGAGAUACGAUAAUUCGAAUUGUACUGUAACAUGUAAUAAGAGAACCCUAAGUGAUAAUCCUGACUCUUGCUUCGGACUCAUCGAACUAACCUUGUCAUGUUACUGCAAAAAUACAUUCGUCUUGGACGAAACAACCAACACUUGCGUCCAACCUGAGAAUUGUCCGUGCAACACUAGCAAUAACGAAGUUUCACGGUACAGUAACAAUUGCGCCAACGGAUGUGCAACGUUCCAUACACUCAUCGACUGCUCAGGAGUGCUGCAUGGAGGCUGUUGGUGCAUGCCGACUUUUUGCACGGAUGCAAAUGGAAUUUGUAUUGAAAAAGAAUAAUAAUGCUUCAAAUAGUGAAUUGUUUUGAGAUGAAUAUACCUAUUGCAGUAUAAAC